CUUGUUCGUACACCUUUAGUACUUGGGUAGCUAUAGCCCAUAGUGGCUAUAUAAGCUCGUGGGUUUUUUUUUUUAGAGAAGACUUGCAAUGCACUUUCUUUCUCUCCUGUAGAUUGUCUUAUUUCCUUGGCAGAGUAGCAAUAACCUUUUUUCAUACUUUUUUAAAUCAUCCAAAGCACGGAUUCUGUCAUGCUGGAGGGAAGGCCCUGUAGAGUGUGGCAGCUCCGUUCUAUAAACAGCCUUGAGGUUUUCAGCUGGAAGGCACAGCGCUCAGUUCUUGCUUCUUUUCAGUCUGGGCUGAGUCUGCUGCUCUCAUAAUGAAGGUUCAUGACUUUUUUUUUUCUGCAUACUGGUGUAAAUAUAAGUGAUUUUUGAAACUUUCUUCUGAGUUCUCUUCUGCUGGAUAACAGUGUGGGGGUUUUUUUGUUUGUUUGGGGGUUUUUUUCCCUCCUUUCUUCAGAGUACCUCUUGUGGUAUACUCCAAGGACCAGUUGUCUCUUUGGGAGUUUUGGAAUAAAUCCUUAACUGCCCUGACCCUGGCUAGGGCUUUCCAAGGCUGAGCAGUGCUGCAGACUAUUUUUAGGGUUGUAAUGUGCCUUCUCUUAAGUCUUGGAUAACAGUUAGUGAGCAAGUGAUUAGCAAAGUACUUGGUGAGUGUUACUUUCCUUUGCCAAAAUGAGCCUGCUUUGCCUUUUGCGUAGCAGUGUGGGUUGCUUCCUUUCCCUCUACUGCUUUCAAAGAAAUAAAAAUAAGAACAGUCAAGGAAAUUGCAGAUCUUGAGAGGAGGACAGGAGAAGCUGAGUGCUCCAGCUACAUGUGAACUCCCUACCACAAUUAGAUGAUGUGCUGUUAGGGUUUGGUACUGUUAACAAGUCUUUUCUCGGGCAACAGCAGGCAGUGGUCUUUGUCCCAAAAUCCGUGUGUGGGCAGUGGGCAUCCCCUUCCUCUCAGAGUGCAGAAGGUGGUGGUAGCCCCUGCCAAGUGAGCUGCCUCUAUCAGUAAGACUGUGUUAGUCUGUGUAAGUGGAGGAUGUUCUUUCACGAGCGCAUGUGGGAGAGAAGGGACAAGUUUGUUUAUUCACUGAAGGCCCUUGACUGUCCUAACUAGAUUGCUGGAAUGGCUUGUGGUGUCCUCUCCAGGACCCAGCACGUUCAAAGCAAACCACUGAGCCAUGCUGAAGUCUCGCUUAGUCUCUUAAUUUUUAAGCUCUGGCUGACAAAAUAGUUCCAGACCACGGAAUUUAGUUAUUUUAUUAUUUUUUUUUUACUGCAAGUACUAUGAGCUUUGCUGUGGAGCUCAUAACUGCAGAGUAAAAUGCAAGUCUUGAAGUAAAUAUGAGCUCAGUGAGCUUUGCUGGCAAACUGAACUGCCCAGGAGCUGUCAGAUGUCUGUUCAUUCCAGGCUAAAGCUGGUAACAUUCCUGAUAACAUACUUGGAGGCUUGGCAUAGACUCCACACGUAGAGCUCGCCAUAAACGUGCAUAAGCAACACGGGCCUGCUAAGCACCCAGGUUUUAUGACUCUUUAGUAUAACAAAGACCAUGUUGCGUAGUAAUCACAUGAAGGGGUGUAUCUUACUGACUUUUAAAAACUGAGAACAUUUAUCAUAUUCAUUUUACCCACUUCUUUCACACCUUAUCUUCCACAGGUGAGUUGGAGAUCCCAUAUUCACUGUAUUUGUGUCUUCCAUAUGGUGUAGUAUGCUCCUGCUGAGCUGCACACUGACUGAAUCGCUGUGCCCUGCUUGGUUAGCUCUUAGGUAGAAAUGGAAGCCAGUUAAAGUUAUCUUCUUGUUGUCAUUGUUGUUGUAACUGGGAAAAUCUUUUUUAGAGAGCAAAAGUAUUAAUAUUCUGGGGUUAGUGACCAGCAUGGAGCUAGUAGGAUGGAGUAGAUGGUUUCAGUUCCCCACUGACAGUGUAUUUAAGAGUGGUGACAGUAGUUUGUCUUAAGUUCAUUGCAUGAGGAUAUAAACCUUUUCUCAGAUAAAAUAUGACAAAUAAAAUUUCCCUCUGAUGGCCUUAGGCCCUCAGUAACCACCCUGCUGUGGUAUGCUACCAAAGUUAGAAAUCUUUCAGGUUGGGGUUUCCUUCCAAUGAAACAAAGAUAACUUUUUUCUUAAAUAUACCAGAAAUGCUGUUUGCAGCUGCAUCCUCACCUGAGUGUGGAGCGUAUGAUUGCACUGUUAUGGUCUGUGGGUCAGGUGGUGCCUAAACAUUUCUAUUUUGAUGGUCUAACAGCCCUGGAUUCUCCAGGGAAAGCCAAGGAGGCUCUAGCCCUGUGCUGUGGCCAUGGGUGUCUAAUCAUACGUUAUGGAAACACCCUUCCUUGGAAGGACAGUGUUUGUUCUGUGACAGUUUCUCUCUGGGUACAGGCUGCACUUCUGGAUAGCUUUUUAACUCUGUAGAGGGUUGGGGGCAGAGAAAGACAACUGAAACAACCAAAGCUGGGGAGGGGGUGACGCUUAUAAACUUGGAAUCCUGAACUCAGGUCUUAAAUUGCAGUGGGAUCUGUUCCCAGUGAGUACCGCAGGGAAGGAGCUAUUUCUCUUGAUGUGCAAAUAACUAGCAAGUGUAUAUACUCUGCUGCUGUCUGGACAUCUGUUUACUUUGUAUUUCAAGUUCUGAUGCAGGAAGCUUUUGUCUGCUCUAGUCUCCUCUUAUGUCACUGUUUCCAAAAUACAAGUGAUAGAUACAAAUCUAGUACUUAAAAGCUGGGCCUGGCAGAGAGGGGGAAGUAAAAAGCACAAAGAGGUUAGUACAAGCUGUUGCUUCUGAGGCCCUUUCAGCAAGACAUUUGUGCGAGUGCUGCCUCUGGGAUCAGGUGUGUGCGUGUACCUUGCUGCUCCAGGUCCUAUGCAAGCGAGUUUCUUGGGCCCGCUUUCUACAGAGGACGGGGGUAGCGAUGAUGGCUUUUUAAGUCUGCCUGAAUGCAGCCAAACACCUGAGAAGAUUCUUAAUACGGUGACAGAUGUCGCCAUAGAGGAGGAAGCUGUCAUCUGAUCUAUGUGUAGCAGUAAAAAGGGAGGAAUGAACUGAAGAGCCACCGGCUCAGUGAGUAGGGUUAGCACAGAGCCCUGAGAAGCUGAUCCGUUACAUCCCAUGCUGUGCUUUCUUAGCUUUAAUAAUGGCAUUAGCACCAAAGCAACAUGCAGUAAGACGGUAGAAUUUCUUUCCUGGUAGAUCACUGAGCUAUUCAGUAUACCACUUGCGUGUGCAGAUGCUCCACUGCUGUUUGCAGAGCAACAGGAGUCUUUGUCCAAAGCAUUGGUGGGGAUUAAGCACUGCAGAGGUUUGGAAAGUUUUAUUCUGUGCUCCGGCAGUCCUGGCUAACAGUCGCCUUGAUUUAACCUGUUAACAUCUGAGCACAAAGCAGUCUCCUCUCCACACGUGCAGAGCAGGCCUUUCUUUUUUCUGCAAUCUGUUGCACCAUGAAAGGCUUGCAAUGAAGAAAGCAUGGCUCUGACCGUAAAUAAAUCCUUUCAGAUUCCAGUUGCACAAUCAAAGGAAUUCAGCAAAUUCCUAUUCUUCUAACCAUGACAUGCCUUCAUUUUAACACUCUUCAAAUUGGCGAAUCUCAUCUUCCACUGCCUUGAAAAUAACGGACAAGAAGUUUUUAUUCUGGCUUGCAAGUAGCUACAGUUGUGCUUGUUACAGGUGUCUGGGUGCUGUGGCUUUGACCAUGCAGCUGCAGCGAUCCGUACGCUGACUCCCCCUGGGCUGCCUUUGCAUGUGUCCAACUUGUUUCUCAGGAGUGGGGAGUUGUUCCUGAACCUGUAGCUCGGGGUUUCUAUGGGGCGUUGGCUCAACCCUUUGUCUACCUGGAUCUAUUUGCUCUUGCAUUUGCUUUCUUACCUGGAAAAAACCCAGCAUCCUGCAGUGCUCGCUUACUCUCUUCGGUAUCUGUGUCGAUAAGUGGAAAAAUGUCUUAACAUUCCACCUCACCAAGUGUCUGACUCUCACUGCUAGCCCAUCGCUCUUUGUAAUUUUAUAACUGCCUAAGAAAUUAAAUCUGUGUUGUGAUAAGUAUUCUGUGUCGUCUUCCUUUUGUUUGCUGCCUGGAGAUGGGGCCAGAUAAGAUCAGGGUGACACUGCGUGUGCUCUGUGCUCCAAACAAAAAUGCCAGCAGUAGUAAGCCCUCAGUCCUAGCUAUGCUUUGUAGCUGCUCUCGAAAGGCACAGUCAGCUUGGGUUUUGCAGGGGCUGGGAAAGAGCAAGCUGAAUUUCUCCUAGCACGUUUUGCUUGCAAAUGUAAUUUUCCCUCUUGUUCCUCCUUUAAAGCUGCUCUUCUCAGGACUUGCAUUCAUGCGUUUCUCUACCGCUUCUCAGGUGAGUGUAAAUAACUUCCUUUAUUCUUUCUUUUAUGGCAUGCAUCUGAAGCAGUGCUUUCAAAUACGCAUCCUGCUCACUGUGCUGUCACUCCAAGCUUGUUGCUUCUUGCGUCCAAGCCCAGGAGGAAGAUCUGGAGCCAGUCCACGCAGAUGGGUGAGGAGGCAUCGCCUGCUUCUGUAUGUAUCCUUUAUUUUGCAAAGCCACGACAAACCCUUUGACAGGGCGGAUGAGAGGAGGAAAAGCCUUUCUGCUUUUGCUAGCAGUGGCGGAGCACGCGAUGAUGAGGCUCUCCUUGUUCUCCUGCGUGCUGGUCUCAUAGCAAGGCUGCAGCUGUGAAGCUGCAGACGUCUCCUUUCCUGAUCUAGCUCUGGAGGGCAAUGCUGUCCCGUCAGUGCCGUUUGUGUGCCUCUGUUUGCUUCAGGCAAAAUAGGCUAUGUUAGCUCAGAUGAGCGUUUCCAAACCGUUCAUUCGGCUGCUGGUGAUGUUUCCUGUCUUCUGCCUGGAGCAAACUGAAGAUCUGAGAGAAGUUGCUGGUGGAUUCUGUAAGUGGCAGCAACUUCCAUCCACGGUGGUGAUGCCAGCAACUCCACUGUCUCCUGCAUCCCGAAUGGAUGUGGUCAUCCAGACCCGCUGAUGUUUCGGGAGGUCUGACUGCCCCUCUGCUCCUGCUCUAGGAGAGAAAAGCAGGAUAUUCUGCAGCCCUGCUAAUCCCCAAGUGUGACUCCAGCCAAGAGACAACAUCCCUGAUUAAUCUCCACCGUCUCCGUGCAAAGCCGGCGCUGCUGAGGAUGCUCCCGGUGCUGGCACGGCACGCUUGGUGGGCACUGGGAGCAGACCUGGGGGAAGGAUGGCGAAGGCUGCGAUGCUAUUUAAAGGAGCUUUUCCAAGAGGGGAUUGCAGGCUUGGGAACAGCCUCCCCUUCCUGUGAAGCAGAAGAGAUGGAUGCACAGCACUCCUGGGAGCCCUGAGCGUGGGGGUGUGGGAGGGGGGAGCUCAGAUGUUUCAUCUUUGCCUGCCCCCCCACCCUGCUCAGCAGUCACAGCAAUGAUUAAUAAAACCUGACUCCGCUGGAAGGGCAAGAAAAAAACAGUACAGGGGAUUUCUGGAGACCAUCCUAAUCCAACGUCCCUGAGCCAAAUGAAUCAGCAGCGUCUUAUUCUGCCUGGCGGGAUUAAUCAGCGUUCGAGCAGGCUCCAGGAAAGCAAGGGUGGCCACCAUGGGCUCGGUGGGAGCCGAGCGCUUCAAGGAGCUGAGCCCAGCAGGGACACCGGAGGGCAACGUGGUGAUGAGCUUCAGCUUCGACAGCUACCAGCUGGAGGAGGAUGAGCUGCAGCGGGGCAGCCAGGCCAAGGGCGUCCUCACCUUCAUGGAGCCAGUUUCAGAGGAUCCUGAGCCCCAGGAUCGAUACCAUGGGAUUUACUUUGCCAUGCUGCUGGCUGGGGUGGGAUUCCUCCUGCCAUACAACAGCUUUAUCACCGAUGUGGACUACCUGCACCAUAAAUACCCAGGUACCUCCAUCGUCUUUGACAUGAGCCUCACCUACAUCCUGGUGGCCUUGGCGGCCGUCAUCCUCAACAAUGCACUGGUGGAGCUGCUGAGCUUGCACACCCGGAUCUCUGUGGGCUACCUCUUUGCCCUGGGGCCCCUGCUCUUUGUCAGCAUCUGUGAUGUCUGGCUGGAGCUCUUCACUCGCAGGCAAGCCUACGCCAUCAACCUGGUUGCUGUCGGGGUGGUGGCCUUUGGCUGCACAGUGCAGCAAUCCAGCUUCUACGGCUACACGGGGCUGCUGCCCAAGCGCUACACGCAGGGAGUGAUGACUGGCGAGAGCACUGCCGGGGUCAUCAUCUCGCUCAGUCGUAUCUUUACCAAGCUGCUGCUGUCAGACGAGAAGGCGAACACGGUCAUCUUCUUCUUCAUCUCCAUUGGCAUGGAGCUGACGUGCUUCAUCCUCCACCUCCUGGUGAAGCGCACCCGCUUCGUCCGCUACUACACAGCCUGCUCCUGCAAGGGUCUCCCCGAGACCCGGGGGGCCGGUGACCAUGGGACAGGCUACCGCGUUCACCACGAUGUCACCGCUGAGGAUGUCCGAUUUGAGAACCGGCAGCGGGGGCAGCCGAGCCCCCCCCGGGGCAGCCCGGGCCUCGAAGCUGAGCUCGCUGGCAGCGGCACCUACAUGCGCUUCGACGUCCCUCGGCCCAAAAUCAAGAGGAGCUGGCCCAGCUUCAGAGACAUGCUGCUCCACCGCUACGUCGUGUCCCGGCUCAUCUGGGCCUACAUGCUUUCCAUCGCCAUGACCUACUUCAUCACGCUGUGCCUCUUUCCUGGGCUGGAGUCGGAGAUCCACAACUGCACACUGGGGGAAUGGCUCCCCAUCCUCAUCAUGGCCAUCUUCAACCUCUCCGACUUCGUCGGCAAGAUCCUGGCUGCCCUGCCCUACAACUGGAAAGGGACCCAUCUCCUCGUCUACUCCUGCCUGCGUGUGGUCUUCAUCCCCCUCUUCAUCAUGUGUGUCUACCCCAAUGGGAGGCCCACCUUUGGCCACCCCGCCUGGCCCUGUAUCUUCUCCCUCCUGAUGGGCAUCACCAACGGCUACUUCGGCAGCGUCCCCAUGAUCCUGGCUGCCGGCAAAGUGAGCCCUGAGCAGCGGGAGCUGGCAGGGAACACCAUGACCGUGUCCUACAUGACAGGCCUGACGCUGGGCUCAGCCGUGGCAUAUUUUGCCUACAGCCUCACCAGUACAUCCCACAGUACCUGUUUCUACACUGAAACCUCCAACGGCUCCUUUACAUCAGGGUACUGAGCCCCGGGGCGGGGCGAUGGGGACAAGAUGGGACCCACUUCCCACCACAGUCCCCACCACCCCGCUUCGCCCACGUCCCUCCUCAGGGAGGGAGCCUGGAGCUGGAAAGCUGCCCCAGGGUGGACAGGGACCGGCAUCCUGUUGACACGGGGCCGUGACAUCCCGAAAGGGCCCGUGCUGCCCAGCCAGGCGCUGCACAGGGCCACGUCUUGGGGUGACAUUCCCCCCGACACCCCAGAGGACGGUUCCAUGGCUCUUGGGGGGCUCCCCAUCAGCGAUGCGCAGCUCUCCGGUGGAGGCAAGGGGGUAUUCUCCUACUUGAGCCAAGCCAGUGCCAGGAAGAAGAAAAUACUGCCCAAUCCCAAAGGGAAGAGGACCAGUGCUGGGGAGGAGGGUGACGGAGGGAUGGUGAGGAAGAGGAGGCGCAGGAGAGGAAGGAAAUGCUCCUUAAGUCCCCGGGGCUCUAGGAAGCUAGGUCUCAGCUUUCACUGAUGGUGCUGCAGGUUUUCACCAAGAAUAACUCACAAUCCCUCCCCGAAGACACCAGUUGCUGUGUAGAAGACCCAAUCCACUUCUGCUGGUUGGAAAAAUACUUUUUUUUUUUUCUUCUUUUUCUUCUUAGUUGUGUCUUGGUUUUGCCCCCCCAACUGUCAAGAGGCAGGGUCCUGCCUUCCUCCCCCUGCCACACACUGUGGGUCUGCCCCAUCACAACGGGGCAGGGGCGGGUCUGGUGGCCACAGCACUGCAGAGGCCACCCAUGCGCCACUGCUGAGCUUUGCGAUUUAUUGCAAGGGACGUAACUGAAGCUGACGUCAGAUUAAAUGUCUUUGCAAUGAUGCCUGGUCAUUAGCUGUGCUACUAGGCACUGCAGGCACUUGGCUGCUGGUGAUGGGCUGGGCUGGCAAAAUGCCUGUCCUCUCAGGUCUUGGGGUGCCCUUGUGCUGCUUGGGGCACCUUGGAGACCCUUCAGGGUCCCCUCUGUCACCUGGAGUGGCUGGACUUGUCACCAGGUCCCAUCAACCUCCACCCCCUGCCAGCCUGCAAACUACUGCUGAAGCACACUACCUUUGUGGGCAGCAAGGGGAAGAGGGAACGAGCCGAGCGGAACAGAAACCAUCUGGAGAAGGUGCCAACAGCAGAGCCUGCUGCUUUGUGGGACUGGCUGCACCUCGCUGUGCCAGGAGGCAGUGGGUGCCGCCUCCCAGGGAACCGAGCCCAAGGGCUGGAGGCUGUGGGAGCAGGGGGCAGCAAGCACCAGGCUUGGCACCCCAGCCCAGCCCCACCAGCACCAAAGGGUCUCGCCAUGCCAUCCCCGCCUGGGUGAGGCACAGCUCACACUGAAAAGAGCAAACCCAGCGCUUCAUCCUCAGCACAUCGUCCCUGCAGGGCUCAGGGUGUAGGAGUUGCCAUGAGCAUGGUCGCUAGGGAUGGACUCGCCUCCUGCCCCACGGGCCCCAGCGAGCUGAGACCUCUGCUCAGGGUUCCAUCCAGCCGGGCCACCCCACAGGGUGUCCCCAAAGAGCCACACGGCACCUGGGUUGGGUCUUUCCCCAAACACAAGGCAGGGGCUGAGCCCCAAAGCAAUCAUUGCCACCAAGGGGAGAAAAACCCCGCAGUCAGGACAAGCGAGACAAAGAAAGAUGCUUCGUUGUGUUGCUUUUUUUCAAUUAUUUUUUUUUUUUAUGAAAAAAGAUCACACGGAGUUCUCCAACAAACAGAAUGCCAAAAAAAUUGUUUUAAACAAAACAUAAACAAAACAAAACAAAAAAAAAGACAAAAACCUGGCUCUCCUUUCCUCUCGAUUGUCUGAAAUAUCCUUGUGUUCCAUAGAAGGCAGUGGGUUUUAAGUGCUUUCUAUUUAACAUUAGCAUAAAAUCUCUCUCGCGCGCUCUCUCUCUCGCUCUUUAAAAUAUGCUCACACAAUUUGCUUCUAGAAGUACAGUACACUUUGAGCGUGGGGGGUGUGCCUGUUCCCAGAUCAUUUACAAUCACAAUCCAACAGGAAAUAAAAAAUAAUAUUCUAAACGUCA